AAUCGUAUGCAAGAAGCUUUAACACUUUUUGAUUCAAUUUGUAAUUCACGAUGGUUCGUAAAAACCUCGAUAAUCCUAUUUUUGAACAAAAUCGAUCGGUUCCAGGAAAAAUUACCAAUUUCUCCAAUGGGUAAUUAUUUCCCUGACUACGAUGGUGGUGACGAUUAUGAUGCUGCUUGUGAUUAUAUACUUAAUAGAUUUGUAUCGCUGAACCAAAGUGAUGCUAAACAGAUUUAUACACAUUUCACUUGUGCCACUGAUACUCAACAAAUAAAGUUUGUCAUGGCCGCUGUUAACGACAUUAUUAUUCAGACUAAUUUAAGAGAAGUUGGGUUAUUGUAA